CCACAUUUUGUUUUUCAGGACCCCCUCCUUCCUCUGAAGUCCCUGCAGGUCGUUAUCCGUUUAUGGUGAAUUCAGAUGACGGGCGGCAGGUUCCUGUUGUACAGGCCUACGCCUUUGGAAAAUAUCUGGGUUAUCUGAAGGUGACCUUUGAUAAAGCUGGGAACGUACUGACGUCGACAGGAAACCCCAUCCUGCUGAACAGCAGCAUCCCACAGGAUCCAGAAAUUCUUGCCGAUGUGGAGGAAUGGAAAAAGAAUCUGAGCAGCUACUCGGCUCAGGUGGUGGGAAGGACUCUGGUCUUCCUGAACGGGACAACUGAGGAGUGUCGAUUUCAGGAGUGCAACCUGGGAAACCUUCUCUGUGAUGCCAUGAUCGACAACAACAUCAGAUCCUCUGAUGAUCUCCAGUGGAACCACGUCAGCGCCUGCAUCUUCAAUGGAGGAGGCAUCCGCACAUCGAUUGACGAACACACCAGGAACGGUUCGAUCACCAUGGAGGACCUGAUCUCCGUCUUACCUUUCGGAGGAACCUUCGACCUGGUGCAGCUGAAGGGCUCCACGCUGUUUAAAGCCUUCGAACACUCAGUGAGACGAUACGGCCAGAGCACCGGAGAGUUCCUCCAAGUGUCCGGAUUUCAUGUGGAGUUUGACUUCUCCAAACCUAAGGGGCAUCUGGUGAAGAGCCUCAGCAUCCUCUGCACAAAGUGUCGUGUUCCACGCUACGAGCCUGUUGAGGAUGAGACGGUUUAUAAAGUGGUGCUGCCUUCCUACAUGGUGAAGGGUGGAGAUGGAUUUUCCAUGAUCCCAAACGAGAUGCUCAAACACGACAGCGGGAAUUUGGACAUUUCAGUCGUGUCCAACUACAUCAUGCAGAAAAAGACAGUUUAUCCUUCUGUUGAAGGACGCAUCAAGAUCUACAACUCAGCUUCUAGACAAACCGCUUCAAUGGUUUUAUUGGUUUCACUGGGGCUGCUAUGGACUCUGUGGGGGAGUGUGUGAGACUGACUUUACCCAGAAACACAGAAGGACUGAAAAAGGUUUCUAACCAAACUGCACGAGAACUUGAAGCACUAACCAGACUGAAGGAUGUCAUUUUAACUAUUUCACGAAAAUAUGAUUUUAAUUUUACCUUUAAUUGUGUUUUACAAUGAUUGUAAAAUAAAAGGUAAGCCCAUUUCCAUGUGGACCAACUUUGGAUGAAACCGCAGCUAAGGCGCUGUAAAAGCUGCAGUUCCUGUAACGACCACUAGAGACAACUUCAAGGAGACAGAAUGUUUUGAGUUAAACGGGAAAUCCUCAAAUGUCUUUUCAGAAACAUGAAAUAAAAACACUCUUUACA